AUGGAUGACUUGAAGUUGUAUGGGAAAAAUGAGAAACAACUUGACUCAUUAGUUCAAACUGUUAAUGAGUUCUCAGACGAUAUUAAAAUGGAAUUCGGCAUAAGUAAAUGUGCAGUAUUGAUAAUGAAGAAAGGAAAGAUCACACAGAGCGAAGGAGUACGUCUUCCCAAUCAAGAAGAAAUUAAGUCAUUAGAUGAUGGGGACUCGUACAAAUACUUAGGAGUGUUAGAAUCAGAUGAUAUCAUGAGCGAAGAAAUGAAAAAGAACAUCAAGAACGAAUACUUGAGGCGAAUCAAGAAGAUCUUGAAGUCCAAACUCAAUGGAGGAAACAUCAUAACAGCAAUAAAUUCAAGAGCAGUUGCGGUCGUGCGAUAUAGCGCAGGUAUUGUUAAGUGGACAAAGGAGGAGAUGAGAAAAAUGGACAGGAAGACCAGAAAGUUGCUGACUAUAAACCGAUGUCUUCAUUCACAAGCUGAUGUUGAUAGGCUGUACGUAAAAAGAUCUAAAGGAGGAAGGGGAUUGAUAGGAGUUGAAGACUGUAUUGCCAUCGAAGUCCAAAGUUUGAGUAAAUACCUAGAGAAGUCAACAGAAACAAUGUUGAUAGCUGUAGUGAAAGAACAAGUCCUGAAAGAACAAAGACCGAAUGCUGAUAACAUCAUGAAAGAGAAAUAUGAAAGAUAUAAAGCAAAGGAACUCCAUGGGAAAUUCAUCAGAGAUACUGAAGACGGAAGACACAGACUUACGUGGGAUUGGUUGAAGAAAGGAAUAAUAAAGAAAGAAACUGAAGGACUAAUAAUGGCUGCACAAGAUCAAGCCCUAAGAACAAAUGCUAUCAAAAAGUACAUCGAUAAAGCUGAUAUCUCACCAAAGUGCCGAUUGUGCGGAGACAGAGACGAAACCAUCAGUCAUAUCAUCACCGAAUGCAGUGCCUUAGCUCAAAAACAGUACAAGUACUGGAGACAUGAUAAGGUUGCGCAGAUAAUUCAUUGGGCGUUUUGUGGAAGAGUUGGUGUAAAGAGAGCUGAUAAGUGGUACGAUCACGAACCGGAAGGAGUGAUAGAAACAGAAAGGUACAAGAUCCUGUGGGACUUUAAGGUACAAACAGACCACCAGCUUGAACAUAAUCGGCCAGAUCUCGUGUUUUAUGACAAACAACAGCAGUCAUUGGUGAUUAGAGCCCUAGGAACCAUCCAUCGUGACGUUCCAGAAUGGUUGAAGAAGUUAGAGAUGUAUGAACUAAUUGGAAAGUUUCAACAAGCUUGUAUCCUAGGAACAGCAAGGAUACUGAGGAAAGUCCUUGACACCUAA